AUGUAUCAAGAAAGGCAAUUAAGUAGUAAAGAAAUUGAAUCUAGAGUAAAUGAAUAUCAAAUAGGACAACCUAAAGGCAGAUCCGAAAUAGUCUAUGCAUUGUCUCAGAAAUAUUGGGGCAACGGUAUUGGGCACUUAGUCUUAAGCAAGAUGGUUAAUGAGAUUCAAGAAAUCUUUCAAUUUAAUGGCAAAGGAUUAGAACAAUUUUACACUACAGUCAGGCCUAUAAAUAUCACUUUAUGGAGUAUCCUUGAGAAAGUUGGUUUUAAACCAGUACAAGCAAAAGUUUCAAUUGAUUUUGAAAGUAAAGGCUAUGAUUUACCACCUUUAGACAAUUUGCCAAAAUAUUGUGAAAAACUUGAAGAAUUUAUUGGUAAACUUUAUUUUAAUGAUAACAUAGAAUCUGAUAAGCUUUAUAUUCAAGAAAAUGACAAAAAGUUCACAUUUUGUAAAAAUGCAGAUG